AUGUCUGGUUUGAAAGUUGAAACUGAAAUCAUUCCUCCAAGCUCUGCUCAAGACCGAAAAAACCAUCGAUUUGUCGAAAUGCAAAAGUAUCCAGAGCCAUUCGCAACGGCAAGCAUGGCUCGACAAAUAUUGAGAGAGGUCAAAAUAUUGAGACUCAUGAAGCAUGAAAAUACCUGUACGCUAUUCCAGAAGAUACACCUGAAGAUCCAAAGCCUGACUAACUCUAGUUACCUCGUAACGGAACAAAUGGAAAUUGAUCUUCAAUCACUUUUGAGGUUAAAACCUAUUCAAGGAGAGUUUGUCCAGUACUUUUUGUAUCAGAUAAUGCGCGGACUUAAAUAUAUUCAUUCAGCCGAUGUUGUGCAUGGUGACCUGCAGCCAUGCAAUAUCCUCCUGAAUCGCAACUGCGACCUCAAAAUCAAAGGAUAUGGGAAGCCGCGAGUUCAUGGCCCUUGGAUGAGUCGCUAUGCUUGCACUCAAUACUACACGGCUCCCGAAGUCAUGUUGGCUGGCCAAGGAUAUGACGAGACCAUUGAUGUUUGGAGUGCAGGUUGUAUGUUUGCCGAGUUAUUGCAGGGAAAGGCCCUUUUCCCUGGUCUAAACGAUAUUCACCAAUUUCAUUUGAUCACGGAGAUGUUAGGCACGCCGUCAGAGACUGUCACGGAGAGGAUGACCAGCGGAAAUGCUUCCAACUUCAUUCAGUCACUUCCGAAACAUGCAGGCCAACCGCUGUCAAACAUCCUUCCCGGAAUUGAUCCAAAAGCGACUGAGUUAUUGGAGAAUAUGCUUGUUUUUGACCCACGAGAGAGAGUUACAGCAUCCGAGGCUCUACAUUUCGCCUAUCUAGCCCCUUAUCAUGACCCUACUGAUGAACCGGAGGCUGAAGAGAAAUUCGAUUGGACAUUUAAUACUGCAAACCAUUCAGUUGACGUCUGGAAAGCGGAGUUGCAAGCCGAAAUCCUCGACUAUCAUAGGGAAGAGACGUUGCGAGAAACCGUCCAACGAUGGCUGAAGGGGUGA